UUGAUAUCAUACAGAGACUAGAUUGGGGUGGGGUUGGGACAAGAGCCUGGCAGAAGAGGGUUAGAGGCUGGGUUUAGGAAUGCAGCUUUGGGACUCCAUCUAGGCUUGAGGGGCAAAAAAGAGAAAUUCCUUUAACGAAGAAUGAGCUUGGAGAAAUUGUAUCUUUUCCCUUGAGCCCCAUUAUAUCUGUGACUGUAUUCCGUGGAGCCUUCUGAAGACAUCAAGCAUCUGAUGGACCUCCAAUCGCCAUUCAGCAAAAAGGCUCUCAUUUCACAAGGUCCCAGAGUUUCUUCUCUCUAUCCAGGGAUUAAUGGCAGAGCAAACAAGUCAGGGGACAGGAGAGCCCCCUAACGUCAAUAAAAGUAAUCUACAAGAUCACGUGGAAAAAAUAAUGCUGCAAUACCAUGAAGAGGUCCAAAUCAGAGAUCCUCUGGCAGCCAGGAGUACUUGGCCCAGGUUUGCACCAGGCUGUCCCAAGAAGGAAAUUGAGGAGCAACUGUGCCUCAAAAUCAAAGAGUUGGAGGAGAAAGUGAAAGCACAGGAUACCCAGCUGAUGAUGGCCAGAACACAAUGGCUCCAGGUGCUGGCUAUAUUCAAAAAGCUGCAAAAGGAGCUUCAGGAAGAUGCUCGGAUCAGAGCGGAGGAGAGGAAACGUGAACAGAGGUAUGAAAACCUGUUUCAUGAAAUCCAAGUCAUCAGUACCCAGACCUGGAAACCUCAAGUCUCUAGAUUAGAGGACCAAUCCAAAGGGAACAAUAUUGUUGAACCCAGUCUCAGGCUCCUCUGUCCACUCCCUGAGGGACUCUCUCCCAGAUCUAACCUGAUUCCCAGGAACCUAGGGCUGCACUCUGGAGAGCAUGCUUCCUCAGCUCCUGUUCCACCCACUGGCCUCAUAAGACUGUACUCCCAAGGGUUGGUCCCAUGGAAUGCUGGCCCACCUGUGACCGCCAUGAUCAAGAAGAAGACCAAGGCCCUUCAGGCCAUUGCCCCGACACGGAGUAGUGACACACUGUUGAGCAGUGGUGGAGGAGAAGCAAUGGUUUGGAUAUCGCAACAGAAGACACCAUUACUACUGGGCAAGACACCAGCUGAAGCAGGAAGCUCUGGCCUUGGGAUAAGACUUGGGCACCCAAAUCUUCCACCACCAGAAGCUGUUCAAGAAAUAACGCAUUAAAUAACUAAACAGACAAAUAAAGAUUCAACUACAUGAAAGGA